CCCCCCUGCCUUUUCCCCCAGUAAAUCCGGAAGGAAACACUUCAGGCUGCUCUCAUCUGCUCAAGUGCAUGGCCCUCAACAAGAUCCCAGGGCAGCAUAAAGCCUCCCGGAGGCCAAGAAUCAUUGCCCUCCCUACCCCCUUCUUGGCCCUGUCUUUCUUCCCCUGUCAGGACACGCUGGGCUGCACACCAUCCUGUCUCGGGCAUCCAACCUGCUUUCCUCACCUUGGUCCUUCCAGAAAAUCCUCUCCCCUUCCCAAAAUCCCACUCUGAUGCUUCCAGUAUCUCUCAAGUCUGUUGCAGCAAAACUCCUUGUCAAGCUGCCACCUCCAGUAAAACUGUUCUUCUCUUCUUUUAACAUAGGGCUGUGCCCGGCGGAGCACCCCUGCAGCGUGGAGUCCAUCUCUCCAGCCCUCCUCUGAGGGACAGUGUCUGAAGGCCGCCCUCUUUGCUGGGACCACCAUGACGAGAUGCUCACAGCUCUGCUCGCCAACGCAUGCAUGACCCUGGGCCUGCUCCUCACAGGGCUGGUGGGUGGUGCUGGUGCCCUGCCCUGCUCUACUCACGGCGAUACCACCAUGAUCUGCAAGGGGCAGAAUCUCGUCUCCAUCCCCCGUGACCUGCCCAGCAGUAUAAUGUUCCUGGAUCUGUCCUACAACCGGCUCCAGGAGGUCCCCACCGCUGCCUUCUCGGGCCUGCCCCAGCUCCGCCAGCUGGAUCUGGGCUUCAACAACCUCUCCAGACUGGCAGCCGAUGCCUUUGUCACCAACGUGCGGCUGGAGAAGCUCCGUCUCUUCAACAACUCCCUCCAGGAGAUCCCCUCGCUGGCCCUGAAGCCCCUGAAGAACCUGAAGUGGCUGGACAUGUCCAACAACCUGUAUCCCCGUGCCACUCUGGAUGGGGUCUUCAGCACCCUGAGGAGCCUGCAGGAGCUCUCCAUGGGUGGGCCGCUUAUCCAGGUGCUUGGCCAACAGGACUUCCAGCCCCUGAGAAACAUCGCCUUGGAUAAGUUCUCCCUGAAGACGGCCUCCAGCCUGUUGGCAUACGAGGAGGGGGCCUUCCAGCCACUCAACACAACUGUGCUGUGGUGCGACAUAGCCCUGGACCAGAACCCCAAGGCCUUGCCCAUGAUGCUGCGGGACCUGAGGGGCAGCCCAGUGCGCCACCUGCGCUUCCGCAACCUCUUUGAGUUCACCUACUACACGCAGUCCCUGGAUAUCUUCACCGGUCUGGCCGAGGUGGAAGCCCAGGAACUGGUUUUCUACCGGGGCAAGUUCAACGAGAACCUCCUGCGCCUGGUGCUGAUCAACGUGCAGAAGUCCCGCAUCCGCGAUCUCUCACUGGUGGCCAUCGACUUUGCCCGUUCACCACAGUGGAACCGCUCGGAGGCUGGGCUCUUGCGCCCACGCCUGGACCACCUGCUGCUCAAGGACAUCAGCAACCCCGACAUCCUGCGCUUCGACUGGACGUUCACCUGGUUCAGCCAGGUGACCAACCUCUCCAUCAUCAAUGUCAACUUCAACUUCGUGCCCUGUGAUGCCUGGGAUGAGAUGCGCAGUGUGGUUUUCCUGGACAUCUCCCACAACCGGCUGCAGGACACCUACCUCUACAACCAGGCCUGCCACUACCAGGACAUCAUACCCAAGAUGGAGCAGUUCAUGCUGGCCCACAAUGAGCUGACCAGAUUAGACAUACUAGCUAUGAUCACGGUCACCUGGCCCCGGCUCACCCACAUCAACGCCAGCUACAACAACCUGGGGGCUCAGCAGGGAUCCUGCCGGUGGAACCCCGGCUUGGUGUGGCUCUCGCUGCACCACAACUUGGUGACCACGGAGGCCUUCCAGUGUCUGCCCACCACCCUGCGCUACCUGGAUUUGUCUGACUCCCAGGUGGACCGGCUGGAGAUGGACUACUUUGCUCGCAGUACCGAGCUCCAGGAGCUGCGGCUGAGCGGGAACAAGAUCAAGUUCAUCCCCUCAGAGUGGCGCUGCCCCAGCCUGCGGGUGCUGGCCAUUGACGGCAACUCUUUCGGGGUCAUCAGCAAAGGCUCCUUCGUCAACAUGCCCCAGCUGAGCAAGCUGCAGGCCAACAACAACCCGUACCACUGCACUUGUGACCUCUACAGCUUCCUGCAGGAGACUCGGGAGCGAGGCCGCCUGACCCUAGUGGGCUGGCCGCAAGGGUGGACAUGCUACCACCCUGAGGCCCUGCUGGACACAGCUGUAGCAGCCUAUGCCCCGGGGCUGGUAGAGUGUGACGUGAGGGUGGUGGUGGCCAUCUCCGUGGCGGUCACAGCUGUGGUGGUGGUUGCCUGCAUGGUGCUGUGCUGGCGAUUCGAUGUGCCGUGGUACCUGCGAGCUACAUUCCACAUCGUGCAGUCACGGUACCGUGCCCGGCGGGCCCAGCCUGCCAGGACCUAUGCCUACCAUGCCUUCAUCUCCUACAGCUACUCUGACGCCGACUGGGUGAGGCAGGAGCUGCUGCGGCGCCUGGAGAGCGCCCAGCCGCCAUACCGUGUCUGCAUCCAUGAGCGUGACUUCACGCCCGGGCGCUGGAUCAUUGACAACAUCAUCGAGAACAUCGAGAACAGCUACAAGAUCAUCUUCGUCCUCUCCCACAGCUUCAUCGACAGCGAGUGGUGCAACUAUGAGCUUUACUUUGCGCACCAGCGGGCCGUGGGGCUGGGCUACGAGGACGUCAUCCUGGUGGUCAAGGAAGCCAUUGACCCCCAGAGCCUGCCCCACAAGUUCUGCAAGCUUCGGAAGAUGCUGGGCACCAAGACCUACCUGGAGUGGCCCGGAGAGCCCAGCCGCCAGCCCUUCUUCUGGAUGCAGCUCCGGAGCGUGCUGGGGAAGCCAGGAGUGACUGAUGAGGCCCAGGAGACGGGCUCACUGGCCAGCAUCAAGAUAGAGCUGCCGGCUGCUGCAGCAACACUGCCUGAGGAGGAGACAGCUGUGGAUGUUACGACGGUGCCCUCCAGCUAAGACUAACCAUGACCUCCGCUCCAUCCAGCCCAUCUGCCAGCAGUGGCACAAACUUUCUCCAGCACCCCUCUCCAUCUCUGUAGAAGGGGCUGGUGAAACGCAGUGAAAGGACAUUAGGAGCUUGAGGCCCAAGAUUUGCAGAGGUGAAUAGCUGAUGUGCCCACUGAAACCUCUUGAAAGCAUCCUGGUCUCCAAACCAUGCCCAGCAUCAGUAGACCAGGGCACUGGGGCUCUGGAGAUCCCAGCCCUUUCCUUGCUCUCUACAGUGGUGCAUUGCAUUUGUCCACAGAUGGAGAACAGGCGUCAAGACCUGAGCUCCUGAGCAAAUGCCUCUGGUAGUUAAUCAGUCUGUCCCAUGGGGCAGGCCUGAAGGAAAAAGCCAGGCUUGGCUUCGCCAUUUAUAUAAUCCUGGCCUGAAGGCUUUCACCCACAACAGUAUUGAAACAGCUGGAGGGGAUGACUCCAUUGCAUCUCGGUCCCGGUGAGUCCACGAGAUGCCUCCGCUGAUGUCCCACCUGUUACCUGCUCUGAGGACUAGAGAUGUUGGCAUCACCUUGAAUUGACACCUAGAUGUCGAUGGUCGCAGGUCUGGCCCCCAGCUGUUAGCCUGUCUGUCGUGCUUGUCCAGAACCUGCCUCUGCCCCAUUUCUCUCCCGAUUUAGAUGGCACUCAGGGUCCUGAAUCAUUUCCAUCUGCUCCAGACAUUUCUCCAUGACUGAGAGGUUUUGCUUAUUCUAUUGUCCUCCGGUUGCUCACUGAGGUGGCUUCCCAGAGCUCUGCAGGGGCGAGCUGGAGUCUCAAGUGGCCAGCUGCGUCCAGAAAGCAAGAUCCCUUGGCUCGGGGGGGAUGCGGCUGGAAGAGCAGCUGGCCUGAGGUUCCUGCUGGAGGGUGGCAAGGAGGGGAGUUGGCCACCGGUCUGGACAUGGGGAGCCCUGUCACCUGAUGCACCCAGGCUGCGUUGUUACUCUAAACCUUAUGUGCACCUUAGAGGUGGAUCUGAUCAGUUCCAGCCCCACAAGGUGAAGGCGGUGGGGUCCCCAGUCCAUCUCUGAGGCUUUCAGACUGCCUGUAUCCCACAUCUCUCCAGCCUUGCUGGCUUUGGAGCCCACUGGUAGGGAUUCUCCUAUGAAAGCAGACCUGGGAGGUCUGCUCUGCUCUUCCAGCAGGGCUUGGAGUUUAUUUUCUAACCGGGGGAGCCAUCCAGCUUCUGCUGAAAUAGCCCCUACCUCACUACUGAGGCCAUCGGCAGUCGGAUCAACCAAGGGUUUUGCCGGUGGAGAUGUUGCUGGCUGGGGACAGUGUCUCUUCACACCUUCUGGCCAGCCAAGCCUAGCAGCACAGGCUGUGAUUUCUAGCACUUCCACCAUUGCCUCAGUGGGACUCUUAUUCUUUAUGCACAGAUAUAUAUAUAUAGAGAGAUAUAUUUUUGAAUGCCCCUUUCAAGUCCUCCGAUAAUCCCCAGGGUCAUGGCUGUGGCUUCCUGCAGGAGCUUUUUCUGUUGUGGAAACUGUGAAGCAGGCAGCUGCCUCUGAUGUUACAUACAGCAUAUUGCUGGCUUUUAUAUUUAAUAAAAGAGCUAU